GGAGUCUCAACCAAGGUGAGAGGAAGCUUUCCACAGAGACAGGGGAGGAGAGCUGACAGGAAACGCAGCCAGCGCCGGCGAAAGAAAGACUCCAAUUCCCAACCCCCAGCCCCGCGAGGUGCGGGGGCCGGCGGCGCAUGCGCGAGGCCCGGCCCCCAAUUCCCCCAGCGACGGAGGGAGGCCCCCGGCGGCCGGGAGGCUGCGAGCCGCGGCGGGACCCGAGCGCACGCAGGGCGAGGCGGCGGGGGCGAGCCAGGCUGCGGAGGCGGCAGUCGAGAUCGUGGAACGCCCAGCGCAAGGGCCCAACCGCGUGCAGGCAUCCGCGGGUACCGCCGGCUCUAUCCUGAUAGGGGCCCGGUGCCCGCAGACCCCACGCCCGGAGAGAGAUGCGGUGCGCCCUGAAAGCCUGGUAGCCUCAGACCGCUGCGCUGCUGAAGCGGUGAUGGAUGAGCCGUGGUGGGAAGGACGCGUCGCCUCGGACGUCCACUGCACUCUGCGCGAGAAGGAGCUGAAGCUGCCUGCCUUCCGAGCCCACUCCCCUCUCCUGAAGAGCCGCCGGUUCUUUGUUGACAUCUUGACCCUGCUGAGCAGCCACUGCCAGCUGUGCCCUGCUGCCCGGCACCUGGCCGUCUACCUGCUGGACCACUUCCUGGAUCGCUAUAACAUCAGCACCUCUAAGCAGCUGUACGCCGUGGCGGUCUCCUGCCUCCUGCUUGCAAGUAAGUUUGAGGAUAGGGAAGACCAUGUCCCCAAGCUGGAGCAGAUAAACAGCACAAGGAUCCUGAGCAGCCAGAACUUCUCUCUCACCAAGAAGGAGCUGCUGAGCACGGAGCUGCUGCUGCUGGAGGCCUUCAGCUGGAACCUCUGCCUGCCCACGCCUGCCCACUUCCUCGACUACUACCUCCUGGCCUCGGUCAGCCAGAAGGACCACCACUGCCACAGCUGGCCCACCACCUGCCCCCGCAAGACCAAAGACUGCCUCAAGGAGUAUGCCCACUACUUCCUAGAGGUUACCCUGCAAGAUCAUAUUUUCUACAAGUUCCAGCCUUCCGUGGUGGCCGCAGCAUGUGUUGGGGCCUCUAGGAUUUGCCUUCAGCUUUCUCCCUACUGGACCAGAGACCUACAGAGGAUCUCGAACUACUCCCUGGAACAGCUCAACACGUGCAUCGAAAUCCUGCUGGUAGCUUAUGACAAUGUCCUCAAGGAUGCCGUCGCAGUCAAGAGCCAGGCCUUGGCCAUGGUGCCUGGAGCACCCGCAGCCCCCACCCAAGUGCUGUUCCAGCCGUCCGCGUACCCUGGCCUCAGCCAGCCGACCACGAUGGCCCUGGCCCAGUUCCAAAGCCCCGUCCAGGACCUGUGCUUGGCCUACCGGGACUCUCUGCAGGCCCACCGUGCAGGGACCCUGCUCUCAGGGGGCACCAGCUCAUCCCUCCAUGCCCUGUACCCCACCCUCCAGCCCAUGGACGUGUGUCCUGUGCCGCUGCCUGCGUCCCUCAGCAUGCAGAUGGCCAUUGCAGCUGAGCCCAGGCACUGCCUGGCCGCCACCUAUGGGAGCAGCUACUUCAGUGUUCCCCACGCAUUCCCCACAGGCUGUUUCGACAGAUAGGACACUGUUAGCCAUACAAGGAGGCCUUGGAGACCCAGGCAGAAAAAAGAGGACACUGACGAGAGGAGCUUGGCCCAGCGAGGCGUUGGGAGGCUGUCCCCGUGGAGUCUGAGGGCCCUCGAAGAGAGAGAGUCGGUGUUCUUUUUAUAUAAAACUGACCAGAGCAAAACAGUCAAUGACAUACCUCACCCAAGAGCAUUCCUCUGGAAAACGUCUUCCACGUGUGGCUGGGGUGCAAGGGGGUGUCUCGGUGGCCACCCCCUGGGAAGGGCCCAGCCAGCAAAGAAAAGACCUGGGAAGAGGCCAGGAGACUGGGACCUGGAGACACACCAGCGGUCCAUGAACACGUCCAGGUUUUAGCAUCAAAGACUCCUUUAUUCCUUGCCGAUGGCAGCUACACCACUGAAAAAAAGGGGGCAGCCUGAUGUGUUCUCAGGACCCCCCCCCCGCCAGGGUGCUUUUCCUUCCCUGGCUCCAUACCCAGGGGCCUGUGUGUGCGUUCAUGCCCAAGCGGCCGCUUGCCGAGGUGCCAUGUGCGUGGCGGUCCUGCUUUGUUGUGGAACCGAAAACCUUCUUCAGCCUUUUAGAUAUUUCAUGUGCUGCUGCUUCCGAAGAGGCCUAGCUUUCUGUUCUGUUAGAUGUCUUGUUUACAUGCUGUAUCAGGGAUUUUGUGAUACUUGAAAAUUCCUUUGAAAAAUCGAUGGUGACUGCCACACUGCCUGUCCCACUCGAGGGCUGUAGGUUUUAACUAACCCUCCUUGGGACUGGCCCAUGGGUCACCACAGACUUUCCUUGGCAAAAGUAUAUGCUUGGGGAGAACCACUUUCCAGGCUCUCGGUUCCAGGAGAUUCCACAUCUUGGAUGCUCUGUUCACCUGUAGAACUUCACUCUCCACCCAGAGGAAAAAAGUUGUUGAAAAGUAGACAAACAUUUAAAACCAGCAGCCCCCACCUCCCUCCACCAUAUGCGUCUGGUGCAUGAGGUUAAAGCCAGCCUCAGCCUGGAGUUUGGCUCAGAGCAGAGGAUCCGAGAGGGGUUGCAUCAAAAGCCAGUAUCCGGGUCUCUGCAGUGAGGGGUGCUCAGGAAGACUCUUGGAGCCAUGUGCAAUAUGUUUUUAUUCUGAUGCAGCUUAUGCUCAGCGUGUUUUAUUUUUUGGUUGGUUUGGGAUCGGGGGACACGUUGUUCACCCGCUCGCUAGAACUGGGAGGUGCCAAGAGCCACAAAAGCGAUUUUUGUUUUGUUUUCUUUGAGAACCCAUCUUGGUUUUCUUGACUUGGUUGCCAGUCCAGGAGACUGGCGGGAGGGCUGCCGGGAGUUGGAUCCGAAGGUGGUGUUUGGCACAGACCGGAGCCUCGGCGUGGAAGCGGAGUAAGAGAAGAGCCUGGAUGCAGGCACGGCGUGGCCACUUUGUCACACUCGGAUAGGAAAGUGCACGUUUGUUUGUUGUUUUCUCCUUUUCCUUUGCCCACCUCCUUCUAUUUAUGUACAACUUGUUUGGAUCCCAAGUUAUCGCUUCUGUCUGCUCUGGGGCCGGGCGCUUGAGUGCUUGUGAGGGUCCCCCUGCCGCCCACCUGCCAGUAGAGCCUCACAGCCAGCCCGGCCCCCAGAAGAAGCCAUCCUACAAUAAACACGUCACCUGCUUGUG